AUGGCAGCGAGCAAAAACCCCUUCCUGAUUCAGGACGCGGCGGCAAGUCGAGGCUACGGCUGCGCCAGCCCGUCCGCGGCUCCUCUCUUCCUCAUCCACGACGCCAGCGGCAACAUUGUCAGCUACCUCAAGCUGGGCUCUCUGGGGGGUGCUCGCAGAGUGUACGGCAUCAGUGAUCCUCACUUCGGACAUGAAGGCGGUGCCUGGCUGAGCGUCAACGAAAUGGCCCGGCACUACAUCAAACUCGUCAAGAAAGUUACGCUACGAGGGAACAUUCUCCUGGGAGGGUGGUCGUUUGGGGGCAUCAUCGCCAUCCAGAUGGCUCACAUGCUCGCCGCAGAGGGCCGAGGCCUCGUGUGCUCAGGCCUGGUCCUGAUCGAUACCAUCUACCUUUCGCCGUCCCGCUCUCUCGGCUCCGGCGCAAACUCUAACCUUGCACCCUCGAUGCCCGCCAACGUGACGCCCGACACCCGUGACGAGAUUCUGGUCUCGCUGGUGCGCGCCCACAUGCUCUGCUCGUCUUGGUCGCCGCCCUCGUGGGCCCGCCACCGGGUCCCACAGACGGUGCUCAUCAAAGCCGCAGAUUCGAUCCCGGGCCGGGCCGGGCCCAUCGAAGAAGAUGGGAAAGCUGUUCUGUGCAGGCUGGACUCGCAGCGCCAUCAAACCGAUCUUGGUUGGGGCGAGACGCAGCCGGGGCUCGUCACCACUGUCAUCGACACGCCGGGGAACCACUACGCCCUGUUUGCCGACGAGAACGCAUGUUUGUACCUGUCUGUUGUACAUGCUGGCUACACUUCCCUUCUCCUGCUGAUUGUGCCGGCACAAUCCUUUGGGGUUUGUCCAUGA